GUUGUCGUCGGAACCGAGCUCUGCUCUAGCUAGGUAGUUCCUCGAUUGACACUCCAUUGGAUAGAAACACUGCAAUCGCGUGCAGCAUACUCUUGGUCACAACUCCAACAACGCCAUGCUCGCUGCCGAAGAAGAAAACGACAACGAAGUCCGGAGGAUUGACCAACAGAACAUCAAUAAGUUUGCUCGACUGAAUGCCCGUCUUCACGAAGUACGCGCUGAACGAGCCAACCUCCAGAAACAAUUGGAGCGUUUGGACGACGCCAGCACAGAAUUAAUGAUGGGGUCGGGAGAUACCGUGUGGAUGAUGCUGGGAGAGGCCUUCCUCGCCACCUCGGAGGACGACGCGACCGAGUUUUGCGAAGGCCAGGUGGAAAAGAUGCAAUCGAGGGUGGAACGGCUCAAGGGGGAAGAAACGACCAUUGUGGACGAGCAAGCGGAACUCAAGAAGAUAUUGUACGGACGAUUCGGCAAGUCCAUUAAUCUAGAAGAUUCGUAGAUUUCUAUUAUCGUUUACUAGCCCAAAGUAAAUAUUC